UUCAUUCGGGUGUAAAAAUAAAAAAGCACCCGCUCAGUCUGUGCAAAUGCAAUGCAUAUUUUCCAUUUGCCACAUUAAUCAUCAACCUGCUGCCACACUCUCACUUUUGUCGCCCCCCUUCUUCUUCUUCUUCUUCAAUUUUAUCAUUUUAUGGGUGUGCUUGACAAAGGAUCCAAUUUUACAGUAAUAUAAGAAGAGGAACGAGGAGGGGAAGCUGGUGGAGGUGGGAGCAGAGAACAAUGACUGAGUAUACGUUCUUAAACGAUCAGCUCUCGAAGCGUACCUCCAUUUUUGGUCUUCGCUUGUGGGUAGUGCUUGGUAUAUGCGUAGGUGCAGCCAUAGUUCUUGUGCUCUUCCUUAUAUCUCUCUGGUUCACGUCAAGGCGCAAAAGUUCUUCCUCUUCUCCUUCUUCUUCUUCAAAGCCCGUCAACAAGUCCUCUUUGAAUCCCACCAUCCCAAGCGUCUCCAAAGAAAUCCAAGAAAUCCGAAUCGACCCUUCACACAACCCAACCCACCCCCACCAGGACCAAAACCCAAAUGCUUUCCAGCAGGCCUCUAACUCGGACCCAUUGCCGGAAUCGGAGCCGUUGUGCAGAGCUCAACCCCUGCUUCUUCCGCUAGAGGAAGAGAGCCCGCUAGGUGGGCGGAACAGAAUUCACAUAGAAAUCGGGAAAGAUCAUCGGAUUUCGUACCCUGAGCGUGCUGGAGGCUCGUCUCAUGGCAGCGGAGAGGCCAAGUCCGGCGACCAGGCAAUGAUUGCGGUGCCAGAGGUCUCUCAUUUGGGCUGGGGGCACUGGUACACUCUCAGAGAGCUUGAGGUGUCCACUAAUGGGUUUGCUGAUGAGAAUGUGAUCGGUGAGGGUGGGUAUGGGAUUGUCUACAGGGGUGUGUUGGAGGAUAAUACCACGGUUGCAGUUAAGAAUUUGCUCAAUAACAGGGGACAAGCUGAGAAGGAGUUUAAGGUUGAAGUUGAAGCAAUUGGACGUGUUCGGCAUAAGAAUUUAGUGAGAUUGCUUGGUUAUUGUGCUGAAGGAGCUCAUCGGAUACUUGUUUAUGAGUAUGUUGACAAUGGAAACCUAGAACAAUGGAUCCAUGGAGAUGUUGGGCCUUCCAGCCCUCUUACUUGGGAGAUUCGAAUGAAUAUAAUAGUUGGAACUGCAAAAGGGUUGACAUACCUGCACGAGGGUCUUGAGCCCAAGGUUGUUCACCGUGAUAUCAAAUCAAGCAACAUCUUGCUUGAUAAGCAGUGGAAUCCGAAGGUCUCUGACUUUGGCCUAGCAAAGCUCUUGGGCUCAGAGAGGAGUUAUGUGACAACCCGUGUGAUGGGAACUUUUGGAUAUGUAGCUCCAGAAUAUGCCAGUACCGGCAUGUUGAAUGAAAGAAGUGAUGUAUAUAGUUUUGGAAUUCUUCUGAUGGAAAUCAUUUCUGGGAGAAACCCAGUAGACUACAGUCGCCCUGCUGGGGAGGUGAACCUAGUUGAGUGGCUUAAAGCCAUGGUCACAAAUCGGAAUGCAGAUGGUGUUUUGGAUCCUAGGCUACCAGAGAAACCUUCUUCAAGGGCUCUGAAACGUGCUCUGCUAGUAGCUUUGCGCUGUGUGGAUCCAAAUGCUCAGAAAAGGCCAAAGAUGGGGCAUGUGAUACAUAUGCUCGAGGCUGAUGAGUUCCCUUUCCGUGAUGACCGUAGAGCUGGACGCAUACAACAGGAUGGUACAAAGGAGAGGCAAGUAAAUGAAUCUGGGGACAGUAGUGGAUAUGAAGGUGGUGCUCGAGCCAAUAGAUCUUUAUGGAUAAAGGAUGUGCCUGAAGAGCGGUAGGUUCGCCUUGCUAAUGUAUAAGGUGAAGCGACAUGCCUUCUUUUUCCUCCUUUUUUUCCAUCCAGAGCUGGAUUUUGCGACAUCAUUUAUUCCCUGUAUAUGUCAUUCGUUUAAUAUAAAUUUCUACUGUUUGUAGAUUUUUUA